UCACACUCAAAAUGGCGUCGGCGGAUUCUCAGUCGAGGUUCGGCCAGUCCGUGAAAGGCUUGUUGUCCGACAAGGUGGGCUCCUGCAGCGGGGAUGUGAUCGUGAUGACCCGCCAGGUGCUGAAGGGAUCCCGCAGCCAGGAGCUUCUUGGUCAGGCAGCAAGGAACAUGGUCAUCCAGGAAGACGCCAUCCUCCACUCCGAGGACAGUCUGAGGAAAAUGUCCAUCAUCACCACACAUCUGCAAUACCAGCAGGAGGCCAUCCAGAAGAACGUGGAGCAGUCCAGGAACCUGCAGGACCAGCUGACUCACCUCCUCAAGUGACCCGGAGCCUGAGCCCGAGCCUGCUGCCCCGGGGGUCCGACCGACCCGGGGGUCCGGCCAGUCCCGGGGGUCCUCUGCCUCCCGCCUGGACGGGGCUAAGAGGACGGACCGACGGAGCAACGACUGGUCCUGACGGUCUCAAACACUUGCUGCUCAUGUGCAACAAUUUCUGUGCAAAACAGAGAUGCUUUUUGAGUUUUGUGAAAUGUUUCCAAUGCAUCUGUCUAUAUAUAUAUAUAUAUAUAUAUAUAUAUAUAUAUAUAUAUAUAUAUAUAUAUGUGUGUGUGUGUUCAGGAAAACAAGGCAAGAACCAACGUUAAACAACGAUGAUCUCAGUGACAGGAGUUAAUCUGUGGAACAGCUUAAAUACUGAAAUGAAAAUAUGUAGCACGUUAUUACAAUUCAAAUGCACCUAUAAAUACAAAAUGUUUAAUACAUAUAAAACAAAGGUAUAAUACACAUAGGCACGUACCUAUGGACAUGUGUAUGUAUAUAUGUAUUUGUGUGUGUGUCUGUAUGUACAAACCGGAUUUGGUUGAAGUUGGGAAAUUGUGUAAAAUGUAAAUAAAAACAAAUACAACGAUUUGAAAA